AUGCACGCCAGUUCAUGUAAGGUGCUUGUGAAAUGGAUCAGGGAGGUUACUUUCACUCUUUAUAUUGGUAUCAGUUCAUGGAUAUAUUGUAAAGAAUUCUCAAAUUGUCCUCCUUAUGAAGAACCUAGUUUAGAUGAUUCUAGUAGUAAUAUUGAGACAUAUCUAGAAUAUGACAAUGCGGACUUGGAGAACUUUGUCUGUGAAAAGGUUUCAGAAGAAAUUGAUGCAAGAAAGGAGGCAAGUGAAAGAGUUCUGUUCCAUCUUCAUAUGCCUGACACCCUUCUGAGUUUUGUUGAUGAUGUUCAUGUGCCUGCUGAUUCAGUAUCCAAACAGAGUGAGAAAUUUAGAAUAGAUAGUCCUUAUGGAGACCCUCCAUUUCCAAGUAACUGGCAGAUACAUGGAUUCAUACAAGAGCAAGCUGAUAGUAUACCAUUGAAAAGUGAGAGUGGUGGUUCUGUCUCUUUGAAUGGUUUUGAAACUAUUCUACAGCAGCUGCAAAAGUUGGCACCUGAACUGCAACAGGUUUCUUCAGGUGUUCUCUUACAAUCUCCAUUCUUGCGUGAUUAUGAUGAAAAUGAGAUUUUUUGCUUGUAUCUUUACCCUGGAAAUAGCCUUGAUAGAAAGUCAUUUGAAGAAAGGAGCAAUAGCAGUGAUACUUGGAUGGCUAUCCAUCUGCAGGCAGAAACACUCUCUGCCGCCAUUCAUUACCUCCCUUUUAAAAGUGAGUUCCGGCCUCACAUCCAGCUGAGCACCUUCAAAGUAGAAGGUGAAACUCGGUAUGUUCUUGAACCCUUGUAUUAA